CUCAGCCCUCCCCGCCCCCACCGUCCCGCCUGCCUCCCAGCUGCGUCCGCCGCUGUCCUGUCUGGCCGCCCGGUGUCUGCUCCGCCGCUCCCCGCUCUGCCCCAUUCCCACCCCGGACCCGAAGCCUCUGCCUCCUCGUUCACCGCCCCGGCUCCCGGACCCCCCCGGUGAAUGCACCAGCUAGAAAAAUAUGACGGGCAUCGCCGCUGCAUCUUUCUUCUCUAAUUCCUGCAGGUUCGGGAGCUGCGGUCUCCAGUUCGAGUCUCUGGCCGAGCUCAUCGUCCACAUCGAGGACAAUCACAUCGACACAGAUCCGCGGGUCUUGGAGAAGCAGGAGCAACAGCAGCCCACCUAUCUGGCCCUAAGCUACAUCAACAGGUUCAUGACGGAUGCAGCGCGCCGGGAGCAGGAGACGAUGAAGAAGAAGGCCACGCCCAAACUGUCCCUGUCCAUCACGGGGGGCUUGUCCAGAAACAGCACGGCCACGCCUCCUCGCCACACCAGCGGAAACCUGACGCCCCCUGUCACUCCUCCCAUCACCCCCUCCUCCUCCUUCCGCAGCAGCACACCCACAGGCAGCGAGUAUGAUGAGGAGGAAGUAGACUACGAGGAGUCGGACAGCGAUGAGUCGUGGACCACAGAGAGCGCCAUCAGCUCCGAGUCCAUCCUCAGCUCCAUGUGCAUGAACGGGGGAGAGGAGAAGCCGUUCGCCUGUCCCGUCCCAGGCUGCAAGAAGAGAUACAAGAAUGUGAACGGUAUCAAAUACCAUGCCAAGAAUGGUCACCGGACCCAGAUCCGUGUGAGGAAGCCCUUCAAAUGCCGAUGCGGCAAGAGUUACAAAACCUCGCAGGGCCUGAGGCACCACACUAUUAACUUCCACCCGCCCGUCUCCACUGAGAUCCUGCGCAAGAUUCAAGGCUAGAGUCCCACGAUCGUGCCAGGCCGCACCAACCAACCUCCCCAAACAUAGCCCUACCCCAACAUUCCUUACCCUACCCUUUGAUACCCUUCCCACACACUAAAGGAUCAAGUGCAUGCUUUAAGUUUUUGUUUUCUUUUUUUUCUGGCUUGUGCUAUCGUUUAUAUCCAUGUUAUAUCACUUUUAUUUUUGAAUGAUGUAUCGUUGUAGUUUUUAAUGUUGUACAUUUGCACAUUCGUAUAUGCUAUCAUUUUUUUUAUAUUGUUUAACUGACAUAAGGUGCUAACUGUAAAAAACAAAACAGAAAGAAAAGACAAAAAACAAAUGAAAGUGAAGGAAGAGUGGUGCAACGUAAAAAGGAGGAGAAGUGAAACAGGAAGCGCAACCAAGCCCUGCCCCUUUUUCCUGCUUGUCUGUGAGUGGGAUGAAGUUGACUUCUGAUGCUGAUCUAAGCCCAGCAGUCACCCCAUUUGUCCGAGAGUAGAUGCAGAUAGUCUAACUGAGCCUAGAUCUGUGCCUUUGCAGUAACUUCUGGGGGCAAAGCCCGCGAGAGUUAAGUUAUACUUUAAACUAAAUAGAUAUAUGAUAUAUAAACAAUAGACAGAUAUGUAUGUGUACAUAAAAAUAUAUAAAAGUAUUCAUGAGCAUAUACAUAAAUAGUUACACUUUAUUUUCAAGCUUUAUUUUAUAUAUUUUUUCUGUAUGUUUUUAGAUAUUUCUUUUUUCUAUGUUAUCAGUAAGUGUUGCUUUCAUUCCAUAUUUGCUGAGAUGGCCAGGUUUGUCCAUCACUAGAGCUCCGUUCUUCACUCUCCACUUUCUUAGAGUUUAGGAGCUAAUGUACCGUUAGAGUUGAUGCUCUAUGAAUCCUGCUGUGUCAUACUUUACCAGCGAUCAGGGAAGGAUGGGCAGUGUUGAACGUAUUGGAACACGGCCAGCAUCUGUAAUGCACAUCUCCAACGGUCCAUCCAGACAUUUUCUUCAUCCCGGCGGGGAGCGAUCCAUGUCUUUCACAUUUCCAUGACUUGUUUACCCAGUGUUCCCAGAUAGGACUCUUCAUCCAGAAUGCCAGAGCUGUGUUCCAGUGACUUAGCUGUGAAAGCAGGUUAAGCAUCAUGCUGUAUUCAAGUUGCCAAGAGCUUUUUUGUUGUUGUUGUUGUUGUUGUUGUUUUUCCAUGAUCGUUGCCAACAGCUCUCCACUGCCAAACACUGACCAUACCAUGUGCCUGAGGAAAGGGUUGGGGGGUGG